GUCGCAUGCGCGCGGAAACCCGGAAGUCCCGUGUAGUGUGAUUUCUAUGUACAUAUAAAUGCUCGUGAUAAUAACUGCUUCUUAAUCAUAAUUUGUUAUCGAGGUGAUUGUUCGUGAUGGAUGAUACAAUUUUAAGUUUGAAGACACAGCUCUUGGAAAGGGAGAAAGAGAUUGCAGCUUUGAAGAAGAAACUUCAUCAAAUGGAAAAGGGAAACUCAAUAACAACAGAGUUACUGGAGAAGAUUACCAAUCUUUCACCACUGAAAUCAAAUGUAACGCUGAGCAAUGAGGACAUCAUGAGAUACAGCAGGCAGCUUCUCCUACCAGAACUUGGUGUUAAAGGCCAAGUUGCCAUAAGUAAUGUAUCUGUUCUGGUUGUGGGAUGUGGAGGUUUAGGUUGUCCCCUUGCGCAGUAUCUGGCUGCUGCUGGAAUAUUGGGCCUGUUGGACUAUGAUGUGGUGGAACUGAGUAACUUGCACCGACAGGUGCUUCAUUCAGAAGUGACUCAAGGUCAGCCUAAAGCCCUGUCUGCCGCCCAGGCCAUCAGCAGGUUGAACUCCACAGUUCAGUGUGUUCCUUAUCACCUCCAGCUCUCCAGAGACAACGCCAGACAACUCAUUCAACAGUAUGACAUCGUGGCCGACUGUUCAGACAACGUUCCCACACGGUACCUCGUGAACGAUGCCUGCGUUCUGGCCGGCAAGCCUUUAGUGUCAGCGAGUGCUCUACGAAUGGAAGGACAGCUCACGGUGUACAACUAUCGAGGAGGGCCGUGUUACCGGUGUUUGUUCCCCUCUCCACCUCCUCCUGAGACUGUCACCAACUGCUCUGAUGGAGGGGUUCUGGGAGUGGUGCCUGGUAUAAUGGGUUGCCUUCAAGCAUUAGAAGUUCUGAAAAUUGCGUCUGGUCAAGGAUCCUCAUUUGAGCAGCAGCUGCUGAUGUUUGAUGGUCAGGAGGGGCGUUUCCGGGCCAUACGUCUGCGGUCCAGGCAGAUGGAGUGUGUGGUGUGUGGAGACAAGCCCACGAUCACUGAGCUCCAGGACUAUGAGCAGUUCUGUGGCUCUGCUGCGACGGAUAAGUGUCGGAGACUGAAUCUUCUAACCAAAGAACAGAGAGUCUCAGUGCAGGAGUAUAGAGCCAUUUUGGACAGCUCAACCCCUCAUGUCCUCCUUGACGUUCGACCCAAAGUAGAGGUGGACAUUUGCCAUAUGUCGAACUCAAUCAACAUUCCACUUGCUAGUUUAGAGGAUAAAAAGGCUGAGCAUAUCACACUUUUAAAAGAUACAAUUAGUAACCUCAAACAACAGACCAAAUCUCAAGUCCCAGUGUUUGUGGUGUGCAAACUCGGCAAUGACUCCCAGAAGGCAGUUCAGCUCCUGGAGGAAAUGUCGGGUCUGGAAAUGGAGCAGAUCACUGUGAGGGACAUCCGUGGAGGAUUGAUGGCCUGGGCCAAGAACAUAGACCACUCUUUCCCUCAAUACUGACAUUAAUGAAGGAAAGCAAUAAAGUUCAAAUGAUUUUCA